AUAGGAGAGUGAAAGCUAUUUUAUUCGCUAAAAUCUACUUAGAGUUCAUUGAAAAACAUUUAGUAGGUUCGACGUACGAGGAUUUAAUGUUCAUUACUACUCAUUAGAUUUAAUCAAGAUAGUCAGAGAUUUUUAAGAGAAAAGAAAACAUUGAUUGAAUUAAAAGAUUUAGUCGUGUUAUUGAUAGGUGUUAAAUUGAUCAGCCGUUUUUGAGCUCUGAUACAUGCUUUCUUUUACAUGAGCCGCUCGGGAAACUUUGAUGUACUGGUUACAUGAACAUUUCCGUAACAGUGAAUCUUUGUGAUAUGGUUUAUAGUUGUACUAAAUACCAGGUAGCAUACUUUCUCCAUGGGAUACCAUUAAGGAAAUCUUCCAGAAGGGAAAGUACCAUCGUGGAGGCAAUAACAAUUAAACAAAAUAUUACAAUCUGCAAAAAUGAGCGUGUACUCCAUGCUUCAGCAAGUCGACGGACAGUACUCGAGCUUUGACAAACUAGCAUACCACAGCGCGCUACAGAAUUCAAAAGGAGGCUUCAGUGUGAACCAUUUGCUUGACCUUGGCGAACUUCCUGGCGAAAACUGCGCCAUGUUCGCCGGAACGGACCCCUCGCCGGGCCUGCCGACGCAGACCUGUACGCCGGACUCGCCUGGUAACGUGCACGCCGACGGGCAAACGCAAGGACUCGUGUCCGACCUGGACAUGAUGGGACAGCAUGCGCAACAUCAACUUCAUCAUCAGAAACUGCAGCAACAACAGCAGCAGCACCAUCAGCAGCAAGAGCAACAGGAUCAGUGCUUGAAGGAGGAGCCUUUAGAUGGUCAGCAGCUUGAUCCUAGUUCAGGAGCGGAGGACGACAAAGACGACAAGGACUCAAAGAGGCGCCGGAAGCAGCGGCGGAACCGCACAACGUUCAACAGUACGCAGUUGGCGGCAUUGGAGCGCGUGUUCGAGCGCACGCACUACCCAGACGCGUUCGUGCGCGAGGAGCUGGCGCGGCGGGUAAACCUGAGCGAGGCCCGCGUGCAGGUGUGGUUCCAAAAUCGACGGGCAAAAUUCCGGCGGAACGAACGCAACAUGCUGACACAGAGGGGCCCCAUGGGGAACAUGUACCCGCGACAGGACAGCAUAUCUAUGCCUAUCGAGCAGCCUAUAAAUCCCCGGGGGCCCCCGAUGAACACGGACUAUAUGGGGUGGCCGAGCCCUUCGGGAUAUAAUAAUAUGAAUAGUUUAAAUAGCAUGAACAUGAAUGUGAACACUUCUAGCUGUGCUGUGAUGAACCACAGCUAUUCCCCACCCCCGGGCAUGGGUAGCAUAGCCUCCCUUAGGCUUAAGGCACAGGAGUAUAACGUGAUGCAAAGUAACCCGUACGGACAGAUGGGUCAGAUGACCCAACGAUUGGAUCCGUAUGAUCAUUAACGGAACACGGGCUGCGUAAAUAAUUAAUACCUGAGCGCUAUUCACAGCAACUGUACUCUAUGCAUUUAUGUACGAAUCAGCAUUCAAUACCGAACGUCACUGCUCGAUGUUAACCGGAAAUGGAACAUUACGGAGCCGGUGACGUCGCCGGGUGAAUUGAAAUAAAGAAAUGUUCCAGGGAUUAUUAUUCGUGAUCAUUUAUCUGGAAAUGAGGGGCGCUCACUGUAAUAAAGACUGCCCCAUCUGCACUUGGGACGACGCCAUCUAGAACAUGGCUUGGUCGCUAGGGAAACGGAUUUCUAAUCCGGAAACACAUUCGAGCGACCAGUUAAAUGGAGUGAUUAGAAUUUGAAAGUACAGUUUGUGCUGACUAUUUCGAUUUGUCACAAAACAAAUAGUGAUGUAGUGAUAUAAUAAAAUACUGUCAAGCGUAAGUUGUUAAUUGACACGGUCGUAAAAUGCAUUAAAACACAUGCUAAUUUGACAAUCGCGAAUGUGCAAAAAUUAGAAAUUGUGCUGCGGACUAUGAAAUGCAUGGGACGACCUCUGCUUAUUAUUAUAAGAAAAUAAAUUAUCAAUAAUUCAUUAUUCAAUCAUGUGGAGUGGCAAAUCAACGUUUCGCACGGUUUUUAUUUUGUAAAAAAAUUUAAUUGAUAAGACGUACGUUUAAAAUAGUGCCUCAGUUGUAUGUGUUCUUUUCAUUAACGGUCAUUAAAAUAUUUAUGUUUAUAAAAAAUACCGAAACUUUUAACGGGCGAGGAAAAUUCAGUUGUAGAAGUACAGUCGUCGUAAAUAAAAUGCACACGAAUUUUCAUUGAAGUUAACCCAUUUAUGCCUAGUGGACUAUCCCGUCCUUCUAAAUUGGAUCAAUUUAUGUCCAAAAUUAGUGAUGUCUAGUAUAUUUAUUUCUAUAUAUAGAAUAUUUCUUACAGAAAUUCCUUUACGAAAACAGCGCAUACCCUGAUGAGACGCCGCAUCAUGCGACGUCUUAUCUGGGUCUACGUUGUUUGCCAAGGCUUUUUUCUGGACGCUAUGCAUAAAAGGGUUAAGAAAUAUGAGUUGUGUAAAUACAUGACUUUAAUUCAUGUUAAUAUAUCGGGAUAUAACCGUCGAUUUGUCCCUUUAAUGAACAGUGUUCGAUUAAAUUAAAUCAACAGCUAUGCGUUUACCAUUUAUACCAAUUAUGUUUAAUUCCAAUCGUUGACUUUUUUUCUUGAUGUUCUUUUAGUGGCAUGUUUCCUUCGGAUUGAAAAUUCGAAUUACCGGUACAUUCUUUUUAUCUGACUGCAUCCGAUGUUAUCUUAAAUUAUAUGCACUAUAAUGCAUUGCACGAGUAUCGUUUUGUUGAAAAAUAAUUAAGAACAUGUCCACUAGCGAUGGCUGAUAGAACAGCAAUGCAAUAUAGAUUUGUUUUAAUUAACUUUUUUGUUCAAAACCAUUAUACAAUUGAUGUAAGGGCAUAGUUCACUGUUGUUUUUCCGAGUUACUUUUGUUUUGUACUAAAAUGUCUGUGGAUAGUUUGAAUGAGCCACUCUGAAACAUGUUUUUUUUCUUCAAAAGUUAUCUUUAAACUAUUUAAAUUUAACUGUUGUUAUUUAUUGGCGUCUUUCAAAGUAUUAAUUAAACUAAAUUUGUAUUCUAUUUUUAAAUAAUCCCAUUUUAGGUCAACAAGUAAUGCAGCUGGUGUUAUUUAAAUACAAAUCAUAAUGUAUGGUGCCUUAAAAACAAAAUAAAAGUGUUUUUUUAUGAAGACAUGUCAUCAGUCAGGACCAUUUAAAGAAACUACAAUUGUGCCUCAAAUUAUCAGCAUUUUUUUACGUUGUGUACAGAACAAUGCAGAUAAAAAUGUAUGAGUGUAUUUAAAUGUACAUAUACUGGCUGAAAGUGUUUUUUGCACACCUUACAUCGAAUAACUUUAUAUUUUGUAUUGAGAUUUAUGGUAACGUAUGAAGCAAUUUGAUCAGUAUACUAUUUAUAUUUGUAUAUUUUGAUAUGUUCACUUUCACGGUAUACUGCUGUUUAAAUGAAAUC